ACGUUUAUAUUAUAGCAUAACCUCAAAAAUAUUUCUUUAAGCAUGAAAAAAUAAAGGUUGUGUAAUAAUUAAUUUUACAAUAUAAAUUAUAUUAAGAAAGAUGAGUUUAAAUAGAGUGACUUGUUGUUUAAAAGCGAAUCCUAAACGAUUGAUAAAUCAUGUUAUAAAUACGCAAAAACAGUUUUCGUCAUUUAAACCAUUAUUAAUCGAAUCAAAGCCUUUAAAACGUUUUUAUCCUCCUUUAAUAAAUUUAUAUUCAACACACAUCACCGAUGUUACCGGAGAUAAAUCGGAGAAAACUACACCACUCUCUUUAAUCCAAAAAAUUUUAAAUAAAGUUCCAUUUAUUAGCGUAGAAAAAUCGAGAUUAAGCGUUCUAGGUUAUUUAUUAUACGAAUCAAUCGCAGAUAAAAUUGUUUACGUCGAUUUCUUUGAAGAAUUUAAUCUCCCAGACACAUUUUAUUCAUGGUUUGUAAUCACGGAACUCCAUGUUUGGAUGUUAAUGGUGCGGUGCAUGGCCGAAGGUGAUAAUGGCCGUUUCGUACGCAAUCAUAUAGUUGAAGCAAUGUGGGCGGACGUGGGACAAAGAGUUAAAAAAAUCGGAGCCGUUAAUCCCUCUGCUACCCGUGCCCAAGUUAAGGAGUUAUCCGAACAAUUUCAAGCGGCUUUAAUCGCUUAUGACGAAGGGUUACAAUCAGAUGAUUGCGUUUUAGCUGGAGCUAUUUGGAGAAGAAUGUAUCAAAGGAAUGAGGUUGAUCCCGAGAAUUUAGAAUUGUUGAUUAAAUAUAUUAGGAAGCAUCUUCGAAUGCUUGAUAACAUUUCCAAAGAGGAAUUGUUUUCACAAAAACCGAUUUCUUGGGAGUUGCUUCACAAAUAAACUACCAAAAAGAAAUAAUUUUAUUUAUACCAUAAGUUAGUUCCUUAAAAAAAAAUAGGUUUAUAAAUAAUAAAUAUGU